AUGGAUUUUGAUGAUAGCUGUUGCUUUCUGGAGAAUAAUUUUGAUCAAUUUCAUUUGAUAAAUUUACUUUCACCAAAUGAUUCUGAGAUCAAUCUUAACAGUACCACUGAACAAACGAAAGAUCAGCUUUCGGAGAUCAUUGAUAAUUUUGGACUUGAUUUAAGUCCACAGGACAACAAUGAAGUAUUUUCAACGUAUGAUUCGUCGAUAUUUGAUGCUGUUACGCUUGAAAACGAUUUUAUGAAUCAAAUAUUGUAUGAUAAUGCUUCACCAUCUACCAGUGAUUCUGGAAAUUACUCGCCAACAUGCUCUACCUCAGAUGACCAGAGUGCUGCUGAUAGCGAUCGAAUCAUAAAUAGCGCCCAAGCAACACAAGUACAUCAGUUGGAAACAAAAUUCACUGUAGCGCCUAAUCCAAGUCGCCUUGUUCCCGUUCAAAUUCCUGUUCGACAGAUUAUAACAAAAAGUAAAAGUGCGUCAAGUCAACCAAUGAUUUGCAUCAUGCCUGCAACAACCCACGUCAGCUCUCUCAACUCGCAAUUAGCUGUCAAUCAAAAUAAGCAACGAAUGCUGUCACCGAAACGUGAAGGACCAUCAUUGGCACCAACACUUCCAAGCACUCCUGUUAAGGAUUACGAUCGUAAGAAAGAAGACAGGAAGAUCCGAAACCGAUAUUCGGCACAGCUUUCACGGAUUCGGAAAAAAAAUGAAAUCAAUGAAAUGAAACGAAAUUUGGCUAAUAAAAAUGUCAUUAUCGAGAAAUUGAAAAAUGAAAUCGAAAUUUUGAAACGAACUGUUGAAACUUUGCGAAAUGAGGUAUAUAUCAUCUUCAGUUGUGUCUUACAAACAAAUGUCAUAAGUGGAAACAGCAGGAAACACAUGUUUAAUAUGUCUCAAAUUGCAUCUCACAUCGAGAAUCCAUAUGUAUCAGUUCGAUAUAAUUUUCAAUCUUAA